UGUGGGUGAACUAUUGACAGCAUCCAUAUCCCCAUCCAGGCUCCCAACCACCAGGCAACUGAAUACAUCAACCACCAGGAGUUUAAAUGAAUAUGUAGCUGCAUUAAUUGCACUGAAGCAAAAAAUAAUAGACACAGACCACUUGCUGACAGAAUAUCAACAGAAGUGUGAUGAGCUUCAGUUGGCUGAAAGAGAGAAUAGUACUCUUCGUCAUCAAGUGGAACAAAUGCUACAAAAAAUCUCUCCUCUGGAAAAGUGUCAGCAAGAAUUGGGGUCUCUGAAAGCAGAAUUGGAAGAGAAAAAGAGUUCUCUCAAGAUUUAUCAGCAGACUCAUCUGGAAUAUGCUCGGGUGAAAGAAGAAAUUGCUAGAAAUGAUGCUGUGAAGAAGAAACUGGAAGCCAAAGUGAAAAAACUGGAAGAGGCAGCAACAAAGCAUACGCAAGACUUCAAACAGUUGAAGACUGAAAAGAAAGUUCUUGAAAAGGAGCUAAAGAAGGCACAGAAAAAACGUGAUGACCUUCCCAAAGAGAAAUGCAAAAAGGUGUUGAAACAUGCAGAGACCCAGAGUACAAGAGAAGAUCCAAUAGUAAACAUAGACAAAGGAAAAAUAAAACUGUUGCUGGAGGAACUCUGGAUGUGUAUUGACAGCACAACAGGAAAAAAACAGAGCCCAGAACAUGAUUACAUCUUCGCUUCUAUUCAUGGUCACUCAAGGACGCCAGAGGAAACAGGCAAGUUAUUUACAGAAGAAGCACCUACCUCCCGAAAAUCUAGGAAAUCUGGCGGCAAAAUGAUUCGCUCUCAUUCUUCACCAGAAAUCCUUAAAAAGCAAAAUUCUUUAACAGCUUUGCAGAUAGAAGUAGACAAGAAGCCUUCUGGAAGUGAUCACUUUGAGAGCAAGACCACUGAAGAAGGUCUGCAGGACUAUUAUGGUAACAGUGCUUUUUAUGAGGACAAAACUAUAGAGGUGGUCGUACAGACAGACUUAACGGACAGUAGUUCAGAGUCCUCUGAUCAGGAACAAGAAGAGCUUGGUGAAAACUUGCUUGAUAUAUUGAACUGGGUCAGGCCUCUCCCUCCUCUUCUAUCUCCAUUACGUUUUUCACCACUGGCUACGCAGGAUACUCUGUUUGGAGAGUUGACUGAUUCCAGUGAUGAAGAAAUUGAUUAUAAUGCUCAUCUUGUGGAAAGCAUGUUAGGAGAAGGAAAAGUAGAAUCUCAGAAUAAUUGUAGCUUCGUCAGUAUGAAUGAGAGCAGUGACGAUGAGAAACCACAUGAACCUCAUGGUAGAGAGAUCUCAACUAAAUUGAGAGAGAAUGAAGAGAUACCAAAUUGUAUAGACACUUUCACAGCAAAAUUAAGAGAUGAGGAGAAAGAUGCUGAAGCAAAGCAAACUGAGCUGACUGUUUCAAGUAUAAACACACUGGCCAACGAAGAACAUUCAGAAGAGGUUUCUGAGAAUAUAGGCUCUGCAGAGACAGACCUAACAGUGAAGGUAGCAACACCUAAACUGGAAGCCAUCAAUGAGAAGGAAGUCCAUACUGAUCACAUACAAAUACAGGAUAAAACCUCUUCAAUGGAGUGUAUGUCAUCCAACUUCCAAUACUUGCAAGAAAAAUCUAGCGAGCUAGUACAGACAGAGAAGACUUUAUUUAAUAAUUUAAGUACUACAGCCAUUUCUCAAAAUUUGAAAGAAAUGUCUAGUGAAUUAAUGGAAGCAGAGGAAACUGAAUUGCCUGAAAAAGUAAAAACACCAAAACCAGAAUCCACUCUCAGGGGUGGUGAUCACUUGCAAAUCGGGGAACCCAUCCUUACACCUGAAAGUGUGUUGGUAACGCCUGAGAAUUUUGAGGAAGUGAUGGGGAAUGAAGAAAUGGAAAAUGAAUCCAGUGACCUACGAACAAAAUCUAAUGUAAUAAAUAAAACGCUCUGUGAAGAAGAGCACAUGGAAAAGGUAACCACAGAGGAGAGAACAAUAGCUACAGUAAACACAAAAGGAUUCUGUAUAGAGACGAGAAAUACACUACAUCAUAAUGAAGAGGAAGAUGCAAGAUCUGGUUUCAGAAAUUCUAAACACUUUUCUGGAGCAGAGCAAGAUAAUGAAUUGUCAUGCCAGUAUAAUGGUGAGAGAACACUUACUCAGCCUGAAAUAGAUACUGAAGCUAAAGAUAAAGCCACUAAAUCACAAUGCUCUGAAAAAGAAGUAAGCAAUGAAGAGACACUGGAUAAACAACUUGAGCAUAUAACACAACAUGGAGCAAAUGAAAAUGGACUGGGAAACAAUGCUUUUAGACAUGACUCAUUUGUACUUGCCACUGAAAGAAGCAGUGAUUCAUUAUAUGUGGAUGGGGAAAACCACAUUGCAGAUGUAUGCAGAACUGUUUGCUCAGUGUCUGCAGAAGAUGGAGAUGGAGAACAGCACAGAACUGGAAAACAGUGUGUUGAGGUCAUCAUAACUCAGCCUGAACAAAGUAUUUUCACUGGUAGGUUAGUAGAUGGGAAAGACUUUCUAGAAACAAGUACCUUUGCUAAAUCACGCCAUGUCAUGGAAGUUGGAGAAUUACAAGAGCCAAAGGAGGAAAAGUGUUUGCAUGCUAACCUAGAUAAUGAACAAAAAGAUGCUAAUAAACUAUUGCAAAAGAAAACAGAAUUUGAAACUACCCUUAUGUCACCAAACCCAGCAUUUGGUAUUGAAGGACAAAAUGAUCCACUAGAACUUGAGGAAAUAGUUGCCAGAGAACAUGUCACAGAAAGAGCUAGUGAAAUGAGGCAGGCCAAAAAUACAUAUCUUUCAUCUGAGAACAGUUCUUCUGAAUGUAAAACCUCCAUUAGAGUAUUUGAACCUCAGGAGACUGAAAUGGAAAUAGACCACUUGGAACUUAGAGAGAGAAGCAGUGGGCCAUUGGAAAUUGAAAAAAUGGAUAAUAUGAAAUCUGUCAUAACAGAAAGUGAACAGUCCUCUUGUGCACAGUUGUUGCAACCUGUGGUUUCAUGUUCAAUACCUGAAAGUUCUCAGUGCGAUGAAAUAAAAGAGAAAAUAAAUGACAAACCGUGUGAGAGAGUGAUGAUUCAGAACUGUCACAAUUCACUUGAUCUGAAAGAGAAUGGAGUGGAGGAAGUAGAGAUGAGAACCCAGAUUUCAGAUGUCUCAGACCAGGCUCUGUCAGAAAAAGAUGCUAUUGAAAAACCAGCUUUACCUAUGGAAGAUGUCUUGAAGACUGGAAGUAUUGAUACUAAAGAAAUAAACUCGCCUGUCACAGCAACACUUGUUUUGGAGACCACAACUUUCAACUCUCAGGUGCGUGAUGAACCUUUCAAACAGAAUUGCCAAGUAUUUAACACUAGCAGUGAAGAAGAUUCUAGUAUAGCACUUGGGACUGCUUCAUCCCUAACUAGAAAAAAUGAAAAAUAUAAUCAUGUUAUCCAAAGUGUGCCUAAUAACUCCCUAGAAAAUUUGGUGAAGGGCAAGACUAUCCACAAUGAGAGAGAAAAGAUCAAGCAGCUUGAUUGUCCCAAUGACAAAUAUGAAAAUAAAAAUAGAGCAGAAACUGAAAAAGAAAAGGAGCAGCCAAAUGCCAAAGAAUCACAAAAAACAAUGGUAGAUACACAGAUCUUAGGUAUGAGUUCUGUGGACAGUGGUACACAUGUAGAAAAGGAAGCUAGUCUAGUUUCUGAAGAAGCAGAAUGUGGAACAUGUAACCUGAAGGAAAUUAGCACAACUCUUUCUGAAAUAAAAGACACUUCACCUCACAUAGUGGAGUCCUUUUGCUCUUUUGAAAGUCAGGUGAGACCUACAGAACAUAGACUUGAUGGAACAACAAAGAACAGAGACAAAGAACUGAACUUUAAGCUACAUGGGGAGAAAAAUGAAAAUACAUCUUCUAAAAGUACUUCUGAGGUUCCAGAGGAGACAGAUGAAUCUGAAGAGGAAUACUUUCCUUUUAGAAAGGUCAAGUAUAUAAAAGAGCAUGAACGUUUUUUAGUCUGCAAUGAGAACUCAAGAAUUUUCAGGACUGAUCUAGAAGAUGUGCCAGAAUUGCACCCAACUGUUGAAGAAAAUAAUGACAAAAUGUAUGAAAUCCCUCCUUCGGUGUACUCAGAUGCACUAGCAGAUAUGGCAGCACCUUGUAUAACUAAUCAGUCUCCAAGCAUUAUGAAGGAGCCGUCAAGUUUAACAGAAGAGAUUUCUAAAUCUGAACUUUUCUCAACACCUGAAACUGUAUUUCAUAAUGAUGAAAAUGAGAGAGCUGCUGAAAGCAGAGAAAAUUCCAAAACAAUUGAGUCAGCAUCUGAUAAUGAGAAUAGCUUGAUAAAAAUACAAGAAUCGUCUACACUUGCUGAAGUUUCAGAAAAGCUCCCAACAAAACAGACUACUCCAGAAAUUAAUUUAUCACCACAGCAGAUGUUAGCCAAGUGUCCAGAAAUCUACAAACAUGUUAUUAAAAAUGGUAAAUUAGACACCAGUGAGUCAGGCAAUUUCUUACAAAUAAAUGGUGAUGAAAAACUCGCAUCAAAUAUGGAACAAAGUGUGUCAUGUGAUGCUGGCAUAGAAGUGUCUGCAGCACAUACAGUGUUUAAUGAAGAAUUAAAUGAUAAACAAAAAGAAACUUGUGUUGCUUUUGCCUCAGCAGAUAACACAGAUAUUAUUCAAAAUGGCUGUCAGUCUGAUUUUGGUGGCAGUCACAGUGAUGUUUUUCUUAAUGAGACAGAUUUUCAGAGAAAAAGUAGAAAGAAUUCUGUCAGAAGUGAUCAGCAUCGAAUCCUAUCUGAUGAAAUGUCUGACCCUAGACCAGUCAGUCAAACCUCUGAAUCACCAAAAACAAUAUUUGAGAAAACACACAUUGUGGACUCAGAGCCCUCUGUAGAUUUUGUAUCUAAAAAUAACAAUACUUCAAAAAGCCACAAACCAUCUGAUGCCUUAAAUGUUUCAGCCAAGACCUCAACCCAGGCAUACCAGGACAGGCUAACACAGAAAUUACCUCCAGGUAAAGGAACAACAAAAAUUCUGCAGGCCCAAUUAAACCAGCCAGUUCUAGCCAAUGCUGAUACUUCUACACCAACCAAACGUUCCCCUGAGAUCAUCAAUAAAAUUAGACAAGAGGUGGGUCCACCUUUACCUCCCCUGCUCCCACCUCUGAUAGCUACUCCUCCAAGAACUCGACGUCCUGUUUCCCCAAUAAUGUCUUCAUCUAGCCAAUCUUCUCUGCCAUCUCCUCUUGAUGGUUUGAUUUCUCCUUUAAGAGUAACUCCAGUUCCUCCACUAAUGUCUCCUUUGUCAGAUGCUCCAAAGUACAAAUCUCCCCCUAUCUUUUCCACUCCAUCUCCUUCAGAGACAACAGUAGGUCAAAGAAUCCUGUCCUCACCUUUGCAGUUCUGUGCUGCCACACCAAAGCAUGCACUUCCUGUACCAGGAAGACUUCCUCCGUCUGCAGCUGGUAGUGCUGCUUUAGAUGUUCCUCAGCAGAACUCUGUGAAAAUAUUGGACACUAUGUAUCCAGAGCUAUCAGCAAGAGCAAGAACGCUUAAUAUUCUCCGAGGUAACAUUCAGCCCAACAGGCAUGCUCCUUCAGAAUACAAGAAUGUACCAGGGCCACUGAGUCAGUUCAGUGGGUUUCAAGCAAUUUCUUCUACAGCUACUGCUUUUGUUAAAACAGGGAGUAAUUCAGAAUCUCACAGUAGUAAAGAUCAAAAAGAUGCAGGGGGUCAGAGUCAUGUUGGAAAAAGGAUAUUAUCAACCUCUAUGCCAAGAAGUGCAAAGAGGUUGAGGCUAGAUAGUGAAUCACCGCAUUUGGAGACCAAAGAAGAUGUUGCAGACGAAGUUACAGGAGACUUCAGUAUUGAAGUACAGAGUGUUGCAAGUAAAACUGUCUUACUCAACAACUGUGAAAUUAAGCAAUUAGCAAACACCUGUAAUUCAGAAUUGCCUUCAUCAGUAGACAGUAUAAUUGAUCCUGUGACUUUGGCAUUGAAGAAAAUUACUGAAUCCUGUAUUGAUUUGUUACCUGUUAUUCGGAGUCAUAUAUUUGUGGGAAAUAUUUCGAAGGUCCCGGUAAUGACUGAUGUAGAGAAAGAAGUUGUUUAUGAAUUCAGUAUCACGAACAAGCAUUUAGCAGACCCACUGCUGCAUGCUAUUCUCGAUGAACUGAAGAUUCAGAAGAUGUCCUUGAACCAUAAUUUCACUCAAGCUCUCUGUAGAGUAUACAUAGGAAUCUGUCGGCAGUUUGGAGAUUUGGAAAGAGCCCGCCUGUUCUGCUACAGUUUACUUAAGGAAGACUUCCCAGAAUCUGCCAAAUUAAUUUUGUUUAUCACAAGUGUGUGGAUUGAUAUAUUCUCCUUCCAAGGUGUGAUUAACAAAGCUAUGCAAUUAAUUGUCAGACAACGUGCAAGAGGAGAGGUGCUGACCUGUCUGAGUGCAUAUCUCAGUUGGGAAAAGACUCCACCUUUGGAUACAGGCAUUAUGGUCUCAAGCCUGCUUUUGGCAAUACAGUUGUGUCCAAAAAUGGAAUUCCAGUUGAGUGAGCAAUAUGGAGAAGACUUGAGUGAAAGCACUUGGGAAUAUAUAUUUGCUAUUGAUCUCCUCUGCUGUCACUUGAAAUGGACUUGGACCCAUGACAAUAUCAUAAGUAAAGAGCUUUGGCCUGUCAUGGAUAAGUGGGUGAAGCAUAGGAAAGGACAUGAGACUAUUCCACCUACCCCAGAUAUUAUUGUAGCAUCAACACUCAGGCUAAUUGGUCGCUUAGGCCAAAUAGGAUUGAAGGAAGGAUUUUUGUCUGUUGUGAAAAAUAUCAGUUCUGUCAUUGGGCGCUUUAUACUGCAUGCGAAAGAAGAAGAUGUUCCUUGGGGAGUACAGUUAGCAGCAGUGUAUGCACUCUUCGACUUGGGUCCAAGCAAUCCAUUAGAAGUUGUUGAGACCAUCCAAGCUUGGAGAACAGCAUCUACUAAUAGUAUCCCAUCUGCAGUCACAAGUGGCAUAUCUGAAGUUAGCUCUCUGUGCACAGUAGAAUUACAGUAAGAGGAGAAGGUAGUCUCAUCUACAGAAAAAGUGCCUUUUAUUAGAUGAAAAUUAGGUGAUACUUUUUGGGAUGAAAGUUACAAACAAUAUGAAGAGAGAAAAUCAGGAAAAGAGCCAUGUGCUUUCUUUUUGGGGAAGGUGGGAAGCGUAUGGACCUAUUAUUUAGAUAGAUGUCUGGUCAGACAUCUUUAUAAAUAAUAAAAUAGGUUCUGAAGUAUUUUUUAUGCCCUCUCUGCUGCAGAAAGACAUGAAAUACAGAUGGUGGUGGUGGUGGUGUUCUGAUGUAACUCAUAGGUUACACUAAUGCUAUUGACUAUUUAAACCAGAAAAAUCCUGAGCCUAUGAAAAUGGAAAGGUGCUGUCUUGAUAGGUCUUCCAUUGGCUGAGCUUCAGGCUACCAAAACUCUUGUCUUUUUGUCUACUUGCCAUAACUGCAGACUAUGGAAAUUAUAUAUAAUUUAGCUGGAAUCAACAUUCCUUAGGUCAUCUAUAUGCAGCGUCUUCACCAUGCUGAGUCAACAAGAGAAACUCACCCGUUUGAAUUACCUUAAGCUUCUUGUUCCAACGGAGUACCGCAGUUGACAGGAGUGCAUUUGACAGUCAAUUUAGCAGGGUCUUCACUAGAGCUGCUAACUCGAGCCCUGCUGGAUAAAUACUCCAGUAGUGGAGACCUAUUGUGAGUUCCAUUAAUGUAAUGAAACUACUCAAAUCAGACAAGCAGAAAUUUGCUUCUUUUGUAAUAAUUGUAUGUACAGUAUAAAGGAUUCAGAGAUAACAAAUCUCUGAAAGUUUGUAUAUAUUGUAUACUCCUAUAAUGUGUUUCACAUUUUGUUGUUGUUCCAAUUUGGGAAUUUUAGUAUGUGUAAAUAGAAAACUGGUUAAAAAGUAUUAUGUUUAAAUUUCUAAUAUAGUUUCACUUGUACACAUUUUUUAGAAAGUGUCUCUAAAUGUUUUUAUAAUAAAAAACAAAAUUGAACCAUU